AUGGCCGCUCCCGCGCCGCCCUCACGGCGGCCCUCGUCGCACCCAAACCAAGACCCCGAGAUGGUCGGCCCCUUUAGGAGGAUGGAGCAGAUCGGGAAGGGCAGCUUUGCCACCGUCUAUCGUGGCAUCCAUGUGAAGAAGCGCUCGCUCGUAGCCAUCAAGUCGGUCGACAUCACCAAGCUCAACAAGAAGCUCAAGGACAACCUCUCGACCGAGAUCCAGAUCCUCCGUAGCCUAACACACCCGCACAUCGUCGCCCUCAUCGACUGCAAAGAGGUCCCCAAGACGAUCCAUAUCGUCACCGAGUUCUGUGAGCUCGGUGACCUGUCCAGCUUCAUCAAGAAGCGUAACAGUCUCAUCGACCACCCGGCUACGGCCGACAUGAUGAAAAAGUACCCCAACCCGCCCAUCGGCGGCCUAAACGAGGUCCUGGCCCGCCACUUCCUCAAACAAAUCGCCAGCGCCCUCGAGUUCAUGCGCGCCAAGAACUACGUCCACCGCGACCUCAAGCCCCAGAACCUGCUUCUGAACCCUCCACCCAUCUACUAUGCCAAGCAUCGUCCCGAAGAGGUCCCCCUGGCUGCUGCCGAGAACUCCAUGGUCCCCGCUGUCGGCAUUGCCACGCUGCCUAUGCUGAAGAUCGCCGACUUUGGCUUCGCCCGCUGGCUGCCCACCACCUCUCUCGCCGAGACCCUCUGCGGCUCGCCUCUCUACAUGGCCCCCGAGAUCCUCCGUUACGAAAAGUACGAUGCCAAGGCUGAUCUGUGGUCGACGGGCACCGUCCUGCACGAGAUGCUCGUCGGUAAGCCACCAUUCCGCGCAUCAAACCACGUGGAACUCCUCCGUAAGAUUGAAAAGCAGAAUGACCAAAUCAGCUUCGGCCAGAUCCAGGUCAGCAGAGAAAUGAAAACCCUCGUGCGGGCCCUCCUAAAGAAGACGCCCACCGAAAGAAUCUCCUACGACAAGUUCUUCGAAGACCCCGUCCUCGUCGAGGAUAUCCCGGGCCUCGUCGGCGAGGACAUCCCUCGGGGCCCUGAGGUCGAUGAGGAACCUUCGCCGAGCCUCAUCGAGGAGAGGCGUAUCGCUUCUAGCUCUGCGGCGGAGCAGGCCAUCCGCCAGCAAAUCACUGAGAGGGAGACUUCUGCCUCCCCCCGGCAGAGACUCGCUCCUGACGAACUGACGCUCCAGGUUCCUCCUUCGCGGCCCGUCUUGGCCGAGCGCGCAGCCACGGUGAUGACCCCAACCUUAUCAUCUCCCUCCAGACGGUCCAGCAACGCCCCGUCGCCCGGACAAGAACGUCCGGUCUCGGCGCAGCAAGACCGUCGCCCAAUGCUUACCACCCACACCACCGCCCCCCCUCGUCAGACAACUCAAGAACGUCCUCCGUCCGCAGCCGCCGUGGCCAUGAAUCGUCGCAACAGCCGCCCAUCGCCGUCUCCCGGCUCUUCGAUGCUGCGCGAUCAUCUGGAGAGGGAGCGCAACCCUCAGAGAGCCGAGGAGAGGGCUUUGCGCGAGGCCAAAGAGCGUGUGUCUCAAGACAUUGCUUUAGAACGAGAGUACGUCUUGGUCGAGAAGCGCAGCGUAGAGGUCAACGCUUUCGCGGACGAGCUGGCCGCGAGCCCACAGUUCAGCAAAGACCGCCCCUCUUCAUCGCAUCAGAACAACGCCAUGAUCAGGCGCGCCACUACACAAGGUGCACCCACCUCCACAACCGGUGCACAAGGCGCCACACCCUCACAUGCCAUCCAAAUCGCCAGUGGUAGGCAACGUCCGGAGAGUCUGCACCACCGCGCUAGCUCCUACGAGAGGCGCUACGGCCCGAGCCCCGGUUCGGCGACCUCAGCCAUCUCCAAGGCUCUGAACAUGGCCAGCUACAGGAUCUUCGGCGCAGGAGCAUCCCCUCCCGGGCGUGGUCCAUCGCCGCCCAAGGGCUAUUCCAACUUUCCCAUGUACCCCACGUCUCAAGGCAGCAUGGUGGUCGUCGGCGACGUCGUCAAGCCUGCCAACACAGGACCCAAGGACAAGGACACGCGGAUGCUCGAAAUUGUCGAAGAACUAGCCCAGCGUAGCCAUGUCAUCUACGGUUUCGCUGAGGUCAAAUACAAGCAGCUUCUCCCCGCGCCGCCGAGCGACCCCGGCCUGGGCAUCCGUGGCGAGCACCCCAGGGACGAUGACGAAGAUCCGCUCGACGAAGAUCUCACUUUGGAUGCCGUCUUGACCAUCUCGGAAGAAGCUCUCGUCUUGUAUGUCAAGGCGCUCGCGCUGCUUGCAAAAUCCAUAGACCUAGCAGGCAGCUGGUGGGGUCAGCGUAACCGCGGCGAGGUCCUCUCCGAGGCAAGCUCGCCUCGCUCAACCCCUCCUAGCCCGACCGUCGCGGCGGUUGGCGCGAAGAUGAACCAGGUGGUGCAGUGGGUGCGCACUCGCUUCAACGAGUGCGUAGAAAAGUCCGAGUUCGUCGGCCGCAAGUUGGUCGAAGCCCAGAAGCAACUGCCCGCGGAUCAUCCAGCCCACCCGAACAACCUCCCCUCCGCUUCGACCUCAACGACCAGCGCGGGCACCUCGGCGGAGAACAUCCACCUGCCCACUGGCAUCACAGCCGAGAAGCUCAUGUACGACCGCGCCAUUGAGAUGAGCAGAGCCGCGGCCGUCAACGAGCUAGUGAAUGAGGACCUCCCGGGCUGUGAGCUCAACUAUGCCACGGCCAUCCGCAUGCUCGAGGCCAUUUUCGAAGGCGAGGACGAUUACAGCUCGCGCAAGUCGAUCGGUAGCAAAAAGCAGGACGACGAGGCCAUCAGUGGCUUGGAAGAAGAAGACAGGGCGACCGUUCUCAAUUUGAUUGAAGGAAUGCGCGCUCGCCUCAAGGCUCUUCGCAAGAAGAUUGAUGACCAGAGAGCGCAAAGGGCGCAAAAGCGCGCCUCGCUCCCGGCGCCUGGCAGGAGCUCGCCUUCUGGCGCCUCUGCCUUUGCUCGGUGA